AUGAGUGGAAUCGCGAACGCAUGCCUGUCCUGCCUCUCCACCGUUGACCGCUGGUGUCAUAUCACGGCGUGUCUCGGUCCCAUCGGUGGUCGCGCAAGGGACAGGAUCUAUGAAACAACGUUAGCCGACAAUGAACGGGAAGCGGUGUCCGACCUGCUCGGUUAUCUCGAAAAUAGAAAUGAGACCGAUUUCUUCUCCGGCGAACCACUCCGGGCGUUAAGCACUUUAGUAUAUUCUGACAAUGUCGACCUGCAACGAAGCGCGAGCUUGACAUUCGCCGAGAUUACAGAGCGAGAUGUCCGUGAGGUUGAUCGUGAUACCCUGGAACCGAUCUUAUUCCUGCUCCAAAGCUCCGACAUUGAAGUACAGCGUGCUGCGAGCGCUGCUCUGGGAAAUCUCGCGGUGAACGCGGACAACAAGGUCUUGAUUGUCAGUCUAGGAGGGCUGGCCCCUCUGAUAAAACAGAUGAUGUCGCCGAACGUCGAGGUCCAAUGCAAUGCGGUCGGCUGUAUUACAAACCUAGCUACGCAUGAGGAGAACAAGGCCAAGAUUGCCCGGUCGGGAGCUCUGGGUCCUCUGAUUCGCUUGGCGAAAUCCAAGGAUAUGCGUGUCCAGCGGAACGCAACUGGCGCCCUGCUCAACAUGACGCAUUCAGACGAUAACCGACAACAACUUGUCAACGCCGGUGCGAUCCCCGUGUUGGUUCAACUCCUCUCCUCCUCCGAUGUCGACGUACAGUACUACUGCACAACCGCGCUCAGCAACAUCGCCGUGGAUUCGUCGAACCGGAAGCGACUCGCCCAAACUGAGUCCCGACUGGUUCAAUCGCUCGUCCAUCUCAUGGACUCGUCUACUCCCAAGGUACAGUGUCAGGCUGCCCUGGCGCUUCGUAACCUCGCUUCGGAUGAGAAAUACCAGCUGGAGAUCGUGCGAGCGAAAGGACUCCCACCACUUCUGCGCCUCUUGCAAUCCUCGUAUCUCCCCCUCAUUCUCUCCGCAGUCGCUUGCAUUCGGAACAUUUCCAUCCACCCUCUCAACGAAUCCCCGAUCAUCGAUGCGGGCUUCCUCAAGCCCCUCGUGGAUCUCCUCGGCUCGACGGACAACGAAGAGAUCCAAUGCCAUGCCAUCUCGACCCUCCGGAAUCUCGCAGCAAGCUCGGACCGCAACAAGGAGCUCGUCCUCCAAGCGGGUGCGGUCCAAAAGUGCAAGGAUCUCGUACUGCAGGUGCCUCUGAGUGUCCAGUCGGAGAUGACGGCUGCAAUCGCUGUGCUGGCUCUCAGCGAUGAGCUGAAGCCUCAUCUGCUGAACCUGGGCGUCUUCGACGUGCUGAUCCCUCUGACCCAGUCGGAGAGUAUCGAGGUGCAAGGAAACAGUGCUGCGGCCCUGGGUAACCUGUCUUCCAAAGUUGGCGAUUAUUCCAUCUUCGUCCGUGACUGGGCUGAUCCCAACGGAGGCAUCCACGGUUAUCUGAGCCGUUUUCUCGCAAGUGGCGACCCCACCUUCCAACAUAUUGCCAUCUGGACUCUUCUUCAGCUGCUCGAGUCUGAGGACCAGACAUUGAUCGGGUACAUUGCCAAGUCGGACGACGUGGUCCAGAUGGUCAAGGCAAUUUCUGACAAGAACAUUGACUCCGACGAGGAGGACGCCGAGGAUGGUGAGGGCGAGGUUAUUGCGCUGGCACGGCGAUGCCUCGAAUUCCUUGGGAGUGGUCCUCGACCGACACUUGUAGAAGGCUAA